AUGAGCGCCUUCCUUGCCUUUCGUUUCGCCGCGUUUUCCAUCUUGAGAACGCGCCCCAUGACUUUUGUCAAUUUUCAACAUGGAACCCGAGCAAUGUCCUCUAAAUCGAAGCAACACAAGGGUCUAAGUCUACGAAAUCAAGUCAUUGGAGCAAAGAUAAAACACCGCGUCGUCCAACUCGUCGACCAAGAAACAGGCGUGCCCGGCCCACCCCGCAAUCUCGAAGACAUCCUCGCCUCGGUCGAUGAAACGACACACUACGUUGAGCUCGUCAGCGAAACUCCCGUGUUAGUAAAGAUAUACGACAGAGCUGAAAUGAAACUAAGGCACCUUGCACGGAAAGCCCGGGUGAAAGUGUCGGCGAAACGUAACCAGCGGAAGGAGAUCCAACUCACGUGGAACACUCAACCAGGGGACAUGGCGCACAAGCUCGCAAAGGUCCGGGAAGAGCUAGAAAAGGGGUGUCGGGUGGACUUGGUCUUUGCGCCCAAGCCGAAUACCGAACCCCCACGCAUGAUGGUGAUGCGGCAACGAUUGGACGAAUUUGUGGCGAGUUGUGUGGAUCUGAGCUCAGAGUGGAGGGAAAGAGUAUUUGAGCGCGGAAUGGCUCUCGCGUUUCUGCAGAGCAAGAUCGAGAUUCAGGUACCCGACAAGGAGGACUUUAGAGGGUUGUUGCCCAAGUCGGUUCUCCGUCGACAAGAGAGGAUUUUGAAGGAGAGGGCUAAAGAGAAGAAGCGUAUGGAGGCGCGAGCUUCAGCGCAACCAAGCGAACAAUCAGAAUCCGACAUAUUUACGUAG